ACUCAAACUGAUUCCUCAGACGAAGGCGACAAAACGAUGGUUCGAUCAAAAAAGAAGUGGCAUGACAAAGUUGCUGAAGACGUAGAGGAGGAUUUUCCGAGGACACCAGGCGGCGAGACGAUGUGA